AAUCACGGGUGACGUGUUGUGUUGUGAAUCCAACGUCGAGUCAAAUUUCAGUGUAGUUUCUUAGUUUCUAUUUGUAACCAAGGAAAAUGUCUCUCUCUAAAGCAUACUCGUCGCUUAUUUUCGUACUACUCACCCUCUCAUCAUGUUCGGCACUUUAUUUUCACAUAGGAGAAACUGAAAGAAAAUGCUUUAUUGAGGAAAUUCCAGAUGAAACUACUGUUAUUGUGAAUUAUAAAGUUGAACUUUAUGAUCCAAGGAGUGGCGGAUUCAUGCCUUCAAGUCCUGGAAUUGGCAUGCAUGUUGAAGUUAAGGACCCUGAUGACAAAGUAGUCUUGUCAAGGGUCUACAGUUCUGAGGGCCGUCUUUCCUUCACUUCACAAGUUCAUGGAGAACAUGUUAUAUGCUUGUACUCUAACAGCACCAAGUGGUUUAGUGGCACUCAGCUUAGGGUUCAUUUGGACAUCCAAGUUGGUGAGCAUGCUAUAGACUAUGCUAAUGUAGCUCAAAAAGACAAGUUGUCUGAUUUGCAGUUAAGAGUACGCCAAUUAUUGGAUCAAGUUGACCAGAUAUCCAAGGAACAGAAUUACCAACGGUACCGGGAAGAAAGGUUCCGUAUGACAAGUGAAAGCACUAACCAGCGAGUAUUAUGGUGGUCCAUCAUCCAGACUGCUAUUCUUUUGGCAAUGGGGGCCUGGCAGACUCAUCACCUUAAGAGCUUUUUUGAAGCCAAGAAACUAGUGUAGAUUUACAUCGACUUAAAAUUUCUUUAUCAUCUCCAAAUUGUAUUUUUACUGUUAUCAUUCUGAUUAAUUCAGUUUGAUGUUGUGAUAUUUCAUUUCUACACAUGUGAAUGUCAAAGUAAUUUUGUUCUGUGUGUUUUUGAAUGGUUGUGUGAUGAUGGUUUUAAUGAAGGUGUCAGCCCUAGCUUGUCCAUAUAAUUCUUCAACCAUAGAUGAAUGAUCUUUAAGCAGAAUAAAUUAUUUCUGUUCUCAAUUCCACCUUACAAAUGUACUUUUCUGUUGGCAGCGUCUUGGUUUUUGUACCAUCUUAUUUUGCAUUAUUUAUUGUGGUCAAGGAGAAAGUGCUGAAAAGUCUCUCUAAACUACACUGAUAUAAACAUCCAUCUUGCAUCCAUUAUUUUUUUAAUUUUGACAGUAAAAGAGAGCAGUGUUAUCUGGAUAAGAAUGCAUCAAAGGGAAAUUUGCUGGGGUUUUUCCUUUUUUAAAUUCCUGUUCUAUGUGUCUGUGUUGUGGAUGAGUUCUUCUAUUCCUGAUCACAAUGUUUUAGUGCAGGGAAAGCUGACUGAUAGACUAGCUCUUAAGAAUCUUUCUACUAAAAUAUGAUUUCUGAAAUAAAAUAAAACAGCUGGUUUAA